UUUGGAAAGACAGAGAAAACAAUGUUGGUCCAUCACCAUGCUUCCUUAUGGGAAACACAGAAAUUGGCCCAGGAUAUCAGUUUCUGGUUCGUUUUCUAGGCCUCUAUCUAUCCACACUCCUCAUUUGCAUAAUGAGGCAGAAAUGCAUAAGGAAAAAUAAAAGAAAAGGAGACAAGGAAAUGUAAGAAGAAGAAACGCUUGUAUAAGGAAAAGGAAAAAACAAACAAUAUACAUAAAUUUAUGCUUUUACCUUUUAUUUUGUAAGGUUUUGUUCUCCACAACAAUGUCUUUGCAGUGAAAUUCCCAUCAUCCAUUUCAAGGUUGUGCCUUUAGUCCCGACAAGCAAGUCCAGAUGUGAAACAAAGUUGUUAACCACUGUAUUAAAGACUGCAAGUCUGAAGAUGGUUUGAGGUUCCAGUAUAGCUACAAUUCCUCCCUGCUGAGACUCUGAGGGUGUGAUGGUCAUCUAACCCAGUGCUCGCCUUCUGACUGUCCAUGUCAUCAGAGCUAAUGGACAGUUUCUGCUUGCUGCGUCUCACCGUAACCCUGCUGCCUCUGCUGAACCCAUGCCUGACCAGGCUGACUCCCAGAGUCUCCUUCCCAAUGGGUAGCCCAGGGAGACGUCUCACCUGCUUCAGCAGCCAUGACCUCAGUAACACCACAACCCUUCUUCUCAGUGCGGAUGGAGAAAAGCUGUAUGUAGGAGCACGUGAUGCUGUGUUACUGCUGGAUGUUGGUCAUAAAGACACUGUCCUCCUGAGGAGCAAGCUGGACUGGAGCCCUUCCGAAAAAGACCUAGAAGAGUGUUCCAUGAAGGGCAAGAAAAUGGCGGACUGUCCCAAUUUCAUCCGAGUUCUGCAGUUCUUCAACAGCACUCACAUGUACGUGUGUGGAACAUUCGCCUUUAGUCCACGCUGCGCAUAUAUCAACUCAGAGACACUCACAAUGAGCCUCAACACUGAUGAAGGGAGAGGUCGCUGCCCUUAUGACCCCUACCAGCGCAACACUGCUAUCAUUGUGGGUGAAGAGCUUUACACCGGUACUGUGGCAGACUACAGAGGGAACCGACCAGUCAUCUCCCGACACCUCAGUGAGGGCAGCCGGGUGGACCUUAAGUUGGAUGACACUUUAGGAUGGCUGGAGGAUCCAACCUUCAUCAGCUCCAAGUUCAUUCCACAUGAGGAGAAAAUCUACUUUUUCUUCAGUGAAGUGGGCAGAGAGUAUAACUUCGUAGACAAGUUCAUUGUCUCUCGUGUUUCUCAGAUCUGCAUGAGUGAUGUCGGAGGUCAGCGCACUCUGCAGAGACGAUGGACCACGUUUGCCAAAGCUCAGCUGUUGUGCCAAGAUGGCAGCGAGCUCCCUUACAAUGUGAUCCAGGAUAUUGAUCUGCUUCCACCGGCAGAGGGCACUUCAGUGGAUGACAUACUGUUUUACGGCAUCUUCACCUCUCAGUGGGCCGUGAACUCUGGAAGGUCAGCGGUGUGUUCCUUCACUCUGACUGAGAUCAAAUCCAUUUUCUCCGGGAACUACAAAGUCCUGAACAGAGACACGUUACAGUGGAGCGCACGAGUCCAAGAGAAGGUGGCAAACCCAGGAGAGUGUGGCCUGCACAAUGCCUCAGAUAAUGCUCUGCGCUUUGUCAAAGAAAACUUCCUGGCAGAGGACAGUGUGCGUCCAGCUGGAAGACGCCUGACCUUGGUGUCUCGUGAGCACAUCUAUAGCCACCUGACGGUUCAGAGAGUCCAGGCUGCCAAUAAAAAGCUCUACACUGUCCUGUUUCUGCUGACAGAGUCUGGUCACUUACACAAAGCAGUGCUGCUCCGACAGGGGCCCUACAUCAUAGAGGAGGUUCAGGUUUUUAAGCCUCCUCAGCCAAUCAGGAGCCUGAUGCUGUCUAUCCCAAAGGUGCAAACUGAGGCAUAUUCAGUUUAUUUUCAGAUUUUUUUCUCAUCUAAUUUUGGUCAUAGAUUUUAACUGCAUCUUGUUGAACAUCUAUAAUGUUCACCUUACAAGUCAAUAAUAUGACCUGUUUGUUUAACAAGAAAUCAUUGUGUUAAUACAAGGUAUGGUAUUAAUGCACUUUUAAAUGCAUUAAUAAUGCAUUUAAAAGUGCUUAAAAAGUAGUCCUUAUUGCAUAAUAUUUUUUAAAAAUCUAUGUUUUUAAUGAACAGCCUUCACAAUGAGUAGGUAACCUUAGGCAGGUUUGAGUCUGCAUUUGAAAAUGGGGAGAGUGUCAAUGUCUGUGUAGCUAUGGCAGAGAAGUCCCAACCUAAGGGACCUGAAUGACUGACAGCUGCAGUCUCCAUGGUGAUGAAACAGCCAGAAGGCAGUCGGUUAAUAUUGCAUAAAUCCAAAUAGACAGACCGAGUGAUGACAUUGAUGUGAAACUGAGAUGACAUUAUGCAGGCUGUUUAUUGAUAUCAUAA